AUGCCCUGUUUUGAAAGGUUAUUCUUUUGUCCUGAAGCCGCUUCUUUUGUACUCCGCGUCUGCAUAUAUCAUAUCAAUCCUCCUGGCCAUGAGAACUUCGCAAUAGUUCUUGCAGUUGGGAGCUGCUUCGAUUGUCCUGAUGAUCCUGUGCUUCCUGUAAAUGACCUGUCUGAUUCCUUGAGGCUUAUGUGCAUGGGGGUGACAGUGGGUGCUCGGUUAGAUACUUUCACCAUUUGCUGUAGUUCCCACCAUUUUUUGCAACUUUGUAUAGAGUAUCUGUCUCAGUUCUUUGAUCAGGAGCACCCUCUUGGACUGAAUGGUUUUAUCACAAGGUUGAGUGACGAGUAUGAUAUACAUCUCAACAGGAGGUUUGACCAGAGGAACGAGCCUAUGCACAGAGAGGACCAGAAUAUUGAAACCUCAUAUGCACUUUCACAUGUGGAAAAGCCUGGGUUGUGUAGACCAAACAGCGAGUCUAAGACAAGCAGUAUAAAACUGCAGCUGCUUGGCGUCUAUGCUAUGUGA